GCGGCAGUGGCGGCUUACGGGCAGCCCGGGGCCUAGCGCAAUUGGCCGGGCUGGCGCGGGCGAAGGGGGCCCCGGCGCCAUGGAGGGGAUGGACGUGGACUUGGACGCCGAGCUGAUGCAGAAGUUCAGCUGCUUGGGCACCACCGACAAGGACGUGCUCAUCGGCGAGUUCCAGCGGCUUCUCGGCUUCCAGCUUAGCCCCGCCGGCUGCGCCUUCUUCCUGGACAUGACGAACUGGAAUUUACAGGCAGCCAUUGGAGCUUACUAUGAUUUUGAGAGCCCAAACAUCAAUGUGCCCUCCAUGUCCUUUGUUGAAGAUGUGACCAUAGGAGAAGGAGAGUCCAUCCCUCCUGAUACUCAGUUUACAAAAACAUGGAGGAUACAAAACACAGGGACAGAAGCGUGGCCUCCAGGUGUUUGUCUUAAGUACGUUGGGGGAGACCAGUUUGGUCAUGUGAAUAUGGUGAUGGUCCGAUCACUGGAACCCCAGGAGAUUGCAGAUGUCAGCGUUCAGAUGUGCAGCCCAAGUACUGCAGGAAUGUAUCAAGGCCAGUGGCGAAUGUGCACUGCUACCGGACUCUAUUAUGGAGACAUCAUUUGGGUGAUUCUCAGUGUGGAAGUUGGAGGACUAUUAGGAGUAACGCAGCAGCUGUCAUCGUUUGAAACAGAGUUCAACACGCAACCACAUCGCAAGGUAGAAGGAAACUUUAACCCGUUCGCCUCUCCGCAGAAGAACAGGCAACCAGAUGAAAACAACUUAAAAGACCCUGGGGGUUCCGAGCUAGACACAAUCAGCAAAAACACAUGGGGGCCUGCUCCUGACCAAAUUGAACAAGAUCAGACUGAACUGUCACAAAACUCUGUAAAUCUCUCCCCCAGCAGUCACUCGAACAACUUAUCAGUAGUGACAUACAGUAAGGGUUUUCACGGUCCUUACCCCUUUGGACAGUCUUAAACAAAAACGGGUAUCGUUGAGAAGAGAAUUUAACAAAGACCAGACUUGGGAGGGAGGGGGAGUUCUUGUGACUUAUAGAAGAUAACAGCAUGAACGCCCCUUCUUGGCUCCAUAUCCUUGGAUAAGAAGAAAACAAACUAUAACUUUAAGACUAGUUGUUUCCAGAAAAAAAAAACUAAAGUAAAGUAUGCAUGUGUGAAUGCUGAAUUUCAGGAGUGCUUUUCAGUGCUAUGGGAGAGAGAAAUACACCAACGUUUUGUUUAGAAGUCAUUGUCACAGUUAAUUAGGUAGCUUAAAAAGAAAUUUUUAAAAAAUUAAAAGCCAUCUCUUUUUAAAAGAAAAAAAUUAUUUUGCCUACAGAGUGGUUGUAGUCUGAGCAAAUGUUAAUUUUUUUUGUUUCUUGUUCACAACCUUUCAAAAAAGGACAGCGUGCAUUUUUAUGGAGAUGUGCUUGCUAUGAAAUGGAAGCUUGCUUAGUAUUUUCUUGGUUAGUACAGCUGCUGUUUUUAUACAUCAGGUGUUUUUAAUUUGUAGCUGCAUCAAUAUCCGGUUUUGAAUUUUAACUGCAUCUAUUUUUAGCCUUUAUCUGCUGUUGGUAUCAUUCUUCUGGGCAUGGUGUGCAUUAGUCGUCUGCUAGUUCUUUUCUGUUAAAGUUGAUCAGACCCAGUUUCACUCUCCUUGGGUGGGGCAAGGAGGUAAAGAAGGCAAGAGGACUGAAAUGGUGCAGGAGGGUUUUUUGGGGCUUUCAACUACGCUCAGAUUUCCAAAACUUUUUGUGAAUGGUUAGCAUAUCGAAUUAUUCCCAUAUUCAUUAAUGUACAGUAACAGUUUUUGAGACAAUUAUGCAUGUAUAUGUCAGUCUUGUGCCAAGAAACAAUUUUAUGGUAGAGCACCAAUUUUUAAAUUUCAUGUUACUUCUAGAUGUAAACUUUACAUUUCCCUUUUUAUAUUGGGGUAACUUCAGUUUGAUUAUUUGGCAAUACAAAUACUAGCU